UGGUGUGUGUAUGUGUGUCAGUGUAUGUACUGCGGUGAUGUGGAGAGGACCAACAACAACAACAGCAACCGAAACGACAUCGACGAUGUCUACAACGAACGGCAACGACAGCGUCAACAUAGAUGAUGAUGGUGAUGUGUUUUUGCGUUGUUGUUCUUGUUGUUGUUGGUGUUUUUUUAGGAAUACGAAAAACGUCUCCCCACCACCGUACGUACGUACGCCUGCCUGCCGCCUGCCCACCAGCCAGCCAGCCAACUUGUGCUUGCAGCAGUGUACUCGUCGUCCAUGGUAUGGCCUGGCAGAUAGCUGCUAGAUGAUGGGGAGAGAUGGUUAAUGAGGUGUCGUUGUUGUCGCCGCUGCCAUAGGCCGCCACGGCUACCAUUGUUGCCAUCGCGCCACCCUCCCUCCACCCCUCGCCCCCCUUGGGAUCUCUUGUUCUACUCCUUUUGCACUACACAUCACCCAUAACAGUGAUGGUGUGGUUGUUGUUGUUGCUGCUGCUGUUGUUGUUUUUAUGCAAUGCUCUGGUGUUGGCUUUGACGUGAAGAAGGCAAACUUUGGAUGAGCGAAGGUGGUGGAGGGCGGGGAGAAGGUUCAGGGGCUUUGAAUAUUGGCUGGUGAGUAUGGAUGCGACGAUGGUGUCUUGAAUGGUGAAUAGUGGCAUGCCUGCCCUGCCAAGCGUUGUACUCUAUUAUGAUGUUUUAUUUUCAAGCAGACGAAGUAGACAUUCUGAUGGUCGGCGGGUCGGUCUGUCGGACGCUCGUUGACUGUAGUCGUUCAGGCAGUUGCUGUUCCUCAAAACUGCACUGUGUCAAACAACUAGCCAGAUAUUGGCUUGGGCCAAGAAGUCCAUCAAUGGGUGGAUGAAUAGUAGAUGUUGUUGCUGCUGGUUGUUUGUUUAUUGUUGGCGUUGUUGUUGUUGCCAACGAACGCCAAACUACAACAACAACAACACUGGAAAUAUUCAGCAGUUGCCUACUACACCAACGUUAAAUGGGCUCUUUUACCCACUGCGAGUCGAGUCAGCCAGUCGGCACACAGUUGCUGGUCCUCCAUCCUUUGCCCUUCAUGGCCACACAGAGCUCCUGUUUUGUUAUUUCAAUGACCGCCACAGCCUUUGUACACCACCACAGCUCGCAGGAGAUACGCGCAGUUGCUGCCCAUGUAUUUGAGCUCUGUAACGGCUGCUGCGACAGUCGCCAAUGCCUACAACAAAACCCGGUGGUUGUUGGAAGUCUGCCUGCUGCUGCUGCCGCCGCCUGCCUGCCUGGCUUGCUUGUUGGUUUACUGGCUGUUUCGCACAUCUGAAAUCGUUGGUCUCUCAUUCAAGUGUCCAACUUUUGUCGGAGCGGUCGCAUCAAUAACGUAACGCAACGGAAAUUUUGUAGCGCAAAACUCUUUUCGAAGGUGCGCGGCGCGACAGCGGAGGAAGAGCAAAGGAACAAAAAAAAAAAGACAACACAAUAACAAGCCCCAAUAAAACAACAACAACGGCAAACUAAAACACCAGAGUGGUGUAGUGCGUCGCGGCGUGUGACCGUGUGUGUGUGUGUGUAUAGCAAUUACAUGUAUGCCUGCCUGGCUGUGGUAGUGGUUGGUGGCUGGCUGGCUGACUGUCUGACUGUUUGGCGGUGGCUCACUCUGUACUAGUCGUUCAACAAUUUCCUCGGUUCGCUUCCAUUUAAUCAAUGAAUGACAACAACAACUACAACAAAUAGGCACCUUGGCGUUCUAGAAAACUGAAAGAAAAAACAACACCAACAACUUACUACCCAUAGUCGAAAGUUAUAUAUUCUCGAAAAUAACGGGUGGCGUUAGAACACCCUCCAGCAGCAGCAGGCCUUUGUCCAAGAUGGGUACCCAGCAGGAACCCUGCAAUACCGCCAACACCAGCGCCGUCUCCGCCCUCAAUAAACCCCUGCGAACAACACAGCGCGGCGGUACCAGUGAAUCCUCCACAACAUCGGAUAAUACCAGCGACUUCAUUGAGAUUGUCAAGAAGCACGACGUCGUCUACAACACUCACCAUCCCGAUUACAAGAACGUUGAAGUCAAAUUGAAGAUUUGGAAUGAAAUCGCCAACGAAAUUGGCUUAUCAGUGGAUGCCUCCAAAAGAAAAUGGAAAAAUUUACGCGACAGCUAUACCAAAUAUUUGCGCUCAUUUCGUGUCGGCUCGAAGACAUCCAAGAAAUAUCAAUUUUGGGCCCACGCAGAUCAUAUGGAAUUCUUAAAACCCUAUCAGGGUCCCGGCAGAUCCAACAAUGGCAUAAUCAUUACUAAAGACGAAGAAGAAACUGAAUGUGAUUUGGGCUUUCAAGUUUUGACCAAGGCCACCAGUAAUUCCACCGACGACGAUGUUAAGCCAACCUCCUUGGCCAACACAACUGCAGCUAACAUAUUCGCCACAUCACUGGCCAGUGUUUUGCCCAAUUUCGUUGGUGGUGGUGGGGGUCUUAUAACAUCCUCAGCAUUGGGUCUUACCACCACUUCAUCUGCAACCACAAACGGUUUUUCGGGCGGGUCGGGAGGCCCACUUGUUUUGCCAGUGCCAUCGUUACCUACCGUACAAUUACCACCCUCAUUGACCGCAAAACCCAUGAUGACAGGGGGUAUAGGAAAUCCAAGCAGCAGCACUUCAUCCUCCACCACCACCCCAUCCUUGGGAGUUUCAAUUGCACUUUCAACGCCAUCGUCAUCAUCAUCUGCAUCGAUCAGCACAUCGAAUGGCACAACCUCAACGCCUCUCAUUUCAGCUUCAAUGGCAGCAGCAGCAGCUACCGUUUUGACCACUCCCUCAUCUAUGGCAUCACAGAUAUUUGCUCUACCCCAGUUGUCGGCCAAAGGAACAAUUCCAAUGCCAUCUAGUAAUACCGCCAGUUCUGUGGGUUGUCUCAUCAUUGAACCUCAACUCUUCGCCUCGGCUGAUACUUUCAAAAAGGAGCUUACCAAUGUUAGCACCGCCUCAUCGUCAUCUUCAAGCACCUGUACCACACAAAUAACCCCCUCCAAUUUACACAUUUAUCCCAACAUCAGUGCUCAAGUCUCACAGUCAUCAUCAUCUGCGGCCACAGCAAAUACAACAAAUUCAAAUCGCCUGAAUCCUCCCUUGAUAACGAAGAUAAGGCGUGUGCAACCAUCACCCCAUCAAACUCCAGCACCCAUAAAUCUAAGUUUCAGCAGUUCGCCCGCGGCUCCAGUAACAUCGACAUCACCAGCUUUGUCAUCACUGGGUUUAAAUGCUGCUGCCCUCAAUGGAUUCUUGCCCACAGUACCGCCAAAUCUCCUGUCAACUUUUGCCACAAAUUUUGCUCAAGCCAAUUUAGGAUCCACGGCCACAAUCACAACGCCAUCGAAUAGUUUCCCCGGCAGUGGUGGCGGGGGUCCCUCACCAGCUAAACGUCUCAAAACCGCUGAAUUGGAAAUAUCUGCCAUAUUACAGGCCAAUAGAGAUCUGGAUGCUAAUACCCUGUUUUUCUUGAGUUUGGCUCGUUCCGUACGCUCCAUGCCAACAAAAUUCCAAUCGUUGGCGAAAAUGCGCUGCAUGCGAAUAGUGAGCGACAUUGAAUUGGAAUUGGAUAAUGUGAAUUGUGAGAACGGUGAUGGCAGUGCCACCAAGUACUGUACAAACAAUACCGAUUCACCACCAACCGCCUUUGGCAGCAACAUCAAUGAGCCCUCGCAAUUGGAACAUUUUGUCUAUGUAAUGUCGCCAUCGAGGGUGGAGGGAAUGAUUGAACUGUCAUCGGAUGAUGAGAAUGGUGGUGGUGGUGGUGUCGGAGCUGGUGCUGCUGCUGGCAGUGGUGGUGGUGGUGCUACAGGAAAUGGUGUCAUAGGUUCUAGUAAUUAGGAUUACUGGCGAAUGUUAUUAUGUAUGGAAUUUAAUUAUAGAUGUACGUCUUUCUAUUGAUGGUGAUGAGCUGAUCACCCAUCUUAACUCUAUGUGCUUUUAAUUUUACGAAGCUUAUUUUCUCAACUCUCAGUCUCAGUAUUUAUAGAACAAAUAUAAUUUGUUAAAACAUCACAAAAGGAAAA